UUGAAAUCGAAAGUCUGCGCGGCUGAGGAGCUGCUGGCUGGUUGCUGCCGGACGGUCGGGUCUGCUGUGAAGACGGUGGCGUUCCUGGCCGCCCAGGUCGGGGAGCCUUUCCGAAGGGCCGUGGGGUUCGCCGCUGGCGCGCGGUGAGGGAAAGUGGGCCUGGGCCUGCCGGCGUGUGUCCGCGGCGCCUGGAACGCGGGCCUCCGCUGUUAGCCGCGGGGUUCGGGCGUCUUGCACAAUGCUGGAAGACGAACUGGCACUCUUCGAGAAAAGCAUAAAUGAAUUUGGAGAUAAGUUCAGAAACGGCCUCAGUGAUAAUCCUAGUCAGGUGCUGGGGCUUAGAGAUGCCUUCAAGGACUCCAUUAGAGCUCUUUCAGAAAAGCUGUCUUUGAAGCUAAAGGAAGAAGAAAGGAUGGUUGAGACAUUUCUGGAGUAUCAGAAUCAGCUCUGUAAGCAGAAUAAGCUUAUUCAAGAAAAGAAAGAUAACCUGUUAAAGAUGGUUGAUGAAGUAAAAGACAAGAAGCAGGAAUUGGAAGUGCUGACAGCAAAUAUCCAGGACCUUAAGGAAGAGUAUUCUAGGAAGAAGGAAACCAUUUCGACUGCUAACAAAGCUAAUGAAGAGAGAUUGAAACGGCUGCAGAAGUCAGCGGACAUGUAUAGAGAUUGCCUUGGACUAGAAAUUAGAAAGAUCCAUGGUGAUAAACUGCAGUUUAUAUUCACCAGUAUUGACCCCAAGAAUCCUGAGACCCCAUAUAUGUUUUCCCUGAGCCUAAAUGAAGCUAGGGAUUAUGAAGUGUCCGACUGCUCACCUCAUCUUGAGUGCCUGGCAGAAUUUCAGGAGAAAGUCAGGAAGACCAACAAUUUUUCAGCGUUUCUUGCUAAUGUCCGGAAAGCUUUUAUAGCUACAGUUUAUAAUUGAUGUAGAAAUAGUAGGUGACAGUUUGUUCUACUUUGUUAUUGUAUAUAUCCUAAAAUAAUUUUCACUUCUUGCCCCUCUGUGGUACUUCCGUGUUCUUGUGUGGUAUGAAGGAAACUAUAGUACAUCAUUUCAAAACAUGCCCCCUUGACAUAAUUAACACUUGAGCUAAAAACAGUUAAACAGCAACAGAGUUGGAAAACUGCUGCGCUUUCCCUCAAUUUGCCUAAACACAGGACCUGAAAUGAUAAAGGUGUCUGGCCUCAUUCACACAAAGAAAGAUGGACGUGAACUGCUAAAGAGAGCUCUUACUGCUUCAGACAUGACACCGGAGAAAUGGACAAGCUUGCUUCAUUAACUUAUUCCCGUAAAUUUAGUCUCCAUAAUUCCCCAUCUAUGGGAGCCAAAAGCCAAACCUACCGUCCGUCUUGUCGUGUCUGUAAAAUCCAACUGUUCUCUGUUGAAGAUGCUGUGUAAACGUGAGUUCUAAGCCUGUUUAGAGUUCUUUUGUUUGGGUUCUCCUGUUCAGUGUGCAUGCACAUACUAAUAAACUCGAUUAGUUUUCUCUUGUGAACUACUUUGUAACCCUCUUUUCAGUAUGAAUAUAUGAGGAUUGAAGGGAAAUGGUUUCCUCCCUCACAGGUGUAUAUCUGUAAUUAUUUCCAUUCAAAUCUUAGAGGGAAAUUGAUAAACUAGACAUGCCCUUUAACAACUAAAGCAAAAAUUGAUGAGAUAACUUUGGUAUAAGUACCUGCCUCCAAACCUGAUGACACGGGUUUAAUCCCCAUGAGUAUUAGGAGGGAACUGACUCCCCAAAAUUGUUACUUCUGUCUGUGUCAUAGUAUGUGUGCCUGCAUGUGUGCACACAACUUAAAAAAAUUUAAAUGAAAUAUAUAUCCAUAGAAUUCAUUAAUCUUUGUUAAGUUAAACAUAGAGGUUACAACAAUAACUACAUUGUGGUCCUUUAGAAGGAUAAAAACAAUGUAUUACAUAAUUAUAAAAGGAGAUUUGCUUGGUUGACUUACAUGAUUAGAGAUGGAGUAGUCCAUCAAGAGCUGUGUGCAUACAAGAAAUGCCAAGAACUCAAUAGCUCCUCAAUCCAUGAAACUUGAAGCCCCAGAAAAAGGGAGACCAGUGACAUAGUAGCAGUCUAAGGCUGAAGGCUGGGGAACUAGAGUCACUGAUGUGAGUCUCCAUUGAGAGGUUAAUGUCCUUGGGCAAUGACAGCAGCAGCAUUAGAUGCACUAAGCACCUCCCAUGUAUUAAGGCUGGGCAAGGUGACCUAGGGUCCCAAAAGCGUGUGUACAAGAGUCAGAGACAGCCCCUGUUCCCACUGU